AUGUUGGACGAGCUGGACCACGUCUUCGACGACCAUCCGUCGCUGGAUGCUUCACUGGAAGACUUUGAGAACAACAGCAAUGCGCACCGCUCCCCGCUCUUCGGAAUGCCGUCACAGCACUCUGGCUUUCGUUCGGAAGAAUCGGAUGGCGAGGAAGAUCCCGCCGAGGACCGCUGGUCGCCGCCAGGUUUGCGCCAGCACGAUCAUGUCCAGGGCAGCGGCUGGUACCGUCACCAGCCCUACUUGCGCCAGGGCAACCUCCACGAGCGCUUAGAGUUGAAGCCGACGGUUGGUCUGAGCCAGUCGCCGUCAGGGUCGCGGGACCCUAGUCCCCAGUAUGAGGAUGCGUCCGAGAGUCCCACCAAGGGAAAGACAGACGAAGAUGCCGAGUCAGGCGAUGUCACAGUUGCGGCCAACGUGCCCCUGCCUAUGGGCCCAGGUACCCCACAGACAGGACGAUCCCCCAGCCCCCAACCUUUGCAGAAGCCCGGUGCCACUCGCAAUAGCCCUAACGGUCCUGAGGACGAUGGGAUGGGGUUUGGCCCCGAGAACUUGAGUAACUACAUUCGAUUUGCCGUGCGCGCCGAAGUUCAACAUCGAGAGCCCAUUGCUGCCAUCUUUGGCUACCUGCGCAACAAGUUUGAUCGCAUUACUAGUUCCAAGUCCAACACUACCCUUUCCGUUCUCAUACUCUUAGUGUCCAUUGCGUUUAUGCGCGCAUUGCUUCUUCCUGGUCUACCCCAGUCAAUCCCGGAUCUGGUAAAGCUUUCUGGCUUUGCGCGCUCUUUUGAACCAUUGAUAUACUAUUCGGAAAAUGGUGUGCAACAGAUUGGAACCCUGCAAGAAACAGGAGUGGCUGUCUGGGACCUGAGCGAGUCGGUGCGCGGGACCAACAUGACCAGCGCGCCUAUCAUCGUACGCCAGCUUGAUGAGCUUUCCGACUCACUGAAGUCCCUAUCUCUCGAGUUGACACGAUUCUUCGCCAAUGUCGACUCGGACAUCGACUCCAUUCUGAUCGUGAUGGACUGGGCCAAGCGCGAAUUGGAAACCUUAUCCGCGCAACCCCCUAGUUCCCUCCCCACCAUUGUCUUCGACAAUAUGCACAAUAUGCUGUCGCGCCUCGGCGCAUUGGAGCGCACAGCCGAAGUGGAAGGUGGCAUUGCCACCGCUGCAACCACAACUACUCUCGGACACCUGGUGAUGGCCGUGCUCGGGCCAACAUCAGCACAACGUACCCGCGCUACUCUGACGCGAACAUUCACCGAGUUCCUUUCUGUGCUCGAAGAAUCCAUCAAUAGUGAACUCACCCACUCAACGGCUCUGUUUGCCCUCUUUGAAUCAAUUGACCGCCAGUUCCUUAACCUGCAACGUACAGUGGUGCGUGAAUCAGAUGCUCAAGAACGCGCCGAGGGGGAAAUGCUCAGCUCUCUCUGGACUCGUGUGCUGGGUCCUGAUGCCGCUGCCGUUCGCAAGUAUGAGAAGAACAAGAAACUACUCGCCAACGUGCGCAGCCGAACUGUCGCAAACAAGCACCUUCUCGUUGACCACCGUGGCCGGUUACUCACGCUGAAAGUUAAUCUGGAGACUUUACGCCGCAAACUCGUGAGCCCUCUUGUGCGCCGCAACGAUUCAGUCAGCUUCAUGGGCGUAGACGGUAGCGCGGGGUCUGGAAGCUUUGGCGCAGCCGGACGAAUGCUCGGCCCCGUCGAGGCCGUCAUCGACGGCCAAAUUAAAGGUCUAGAAGGAACAUACGAUUACCUUCGAUCCGUUCGCGAACGGCAAAAGGCCAAAUUGAUGGAACUGGUCUACGGAGCCGGGCGGAAACCUUCAACGUCAAUGUUAGGAUUGAAUGGGCAGGAGGAGGAAGUAUAA